AUGAACAAAGGAAUGGAAAUCAGUCUUGUACGAUCCCCAGUUUUCUCGCCGGGACAAAUCUUCAAGAGAUCAGUAGAGACCAAAUCAGAUGCCUCAACGUUGAGCGCGUCCUUUAGCAGUAGCGAGAGCGGAGUGCCUUCCUCCUCCUCUUCGUCACGGCUGUUGAACAACAAGAUUCUCUCGGUUAGCCAGCACAAGAAGAUAAACACGAAAGCUCAAUGCCUGAAAAGGCUCAAGAAGUAUGUCUCCCAGACUACCAUUAGGCCCAUCUCAGAUAUCACCAUAUUCCGAUUCGCAAACUUCUACAGAUUCGAUUACUAUGAUGCACUCGAAGCCCUGGAAGAUUACGACUCAAACAAACGCCUUCGCCUGCAAAUGGAAGGAGAUUUGUUGCUCCAAUUCCAAACCAAGACAAUAUUUCCGCUUCCCAAGAUGAAGACAAAGGACGGCAAAUGCGACGUUUUCUAUAUGCGGCCAAGUCGCUACAUUCCUUCCGAGAUGAAAACCUCAGAUCUCAUUGAUAACUUGUGCUUUGUUCUGAACGACCUCAGUCGAACCAAGAUACAAUGUCACAAUGGAGUUGCGUUCGUUGCCAACAUGAAUGAUUGGACCAUGAAGAACUUUUCUCAAGACUAUUGCUCUCAAUUCAUGCAAGCAUUGCAAGGAAAGAUGGUCCCAACCAAGGUCCAACUAUUUCUCAUUGUCAAUCCACCUUCGUGGUUUGGGCGUAUUUGGAAGCUUGUCAGGCCCAUGCUCUCCAGGUCGUUUGCAAAGAAGAUCCGAAUCAUCAAGGAAGAUCGAUUAGGAGAAUUCCUCAUGAAUGGAUACGAAGAGUACCUUCCAGAUGAGUUCCACUCUGGAUUGAAAGAUACGGACGAACUAUAUGAAGAUUACGAAGAUCUCAAGUUUUACCAUGACGAUCGAUGA